AUGACGCGCCCGACGCGCGCCGAGCUCGCGCGUCACGCCCCGGCGCUGGCGUGCUACUUUUUCCUGACCCUCGCCGUGGAGUCGUCGACGACGCCGCUCGCGCUGGUGCGGAAUCGCGCGCUCGCGUGGGACGAAACGCCCGAGGGCGCGAAUCGCUUUUACGCCUUUGUGUUCGCGGUGGCGACGUUAAAGCCGCUGUACGCGUCGGUGAGCGACCGAUCGCGCGCGAGGGGGGGCACGCGAGCGGCGCACGUCGCGCUCGGAUGCGCGGUCGCGCUGGCGGGCGCGCUCGGGUCGAGCGCGGCGCGGACGACGGCGCAGACGUACGGGUUCGGGACGCUGGCGAGCGCGGGCGCGGCGCACGCGUACGCGUCGUUGGAUGGAUACGUCGUCGAGAGGUUCGGCGGGGAAGCGGGAAGGUCGAGGGAUGAGGUGGUGAUGGCGCAGGCGUGCGCGAUGGCGGCGAGGACGGCGGGGAGCGUGGUGGGGGAUUUAGCGAGCGCGGGAGGACUGGCGGCGGCGAGCGCGCGGACGGCGGCGGCGGCGAGCGGGAUUUGGAUGCUCGUCGCGAUCGCUGUGGCGUUAGUGAGCGUGGAUGAGAGUGAUAUAUCGCGAGAUGUCGAUUCGGGAAGAGAAGAUGAGCGUGAAAUGGAGUCGCGGUCGUGCGCGUCGUGGACGGCGCGAGCGAAGGAGGCGUACGCGCCGCUCGCCGAGGUUGAUUUUUUACGGUGCGCCGCGUUGGUGUUUUUAUACCGCAUCGCACCGACGGCGUUGGAUACAUUCGCGUCGUAUACGUACGCCGUGUUCAGCGAUAGGAUGAAGGAUUAUGAGUUUGGUUUGGUGGCGUUCUUUACGUCGCUCGGCGCGCUCGCCGCGCCGGCGGCGUUCGGUUGGGCGUUCGGAGACGCAAGCGCGUCUGGUAGUUCUGUGGGUGAAAACGACGCCGGAACGUUGACGAAGAUUCGUGCGCUUCUCGUCUCGUCGCCCACGUGGAUGAUGUUCGUCUUCGGCGCCGUCGUAGACGCGGCGCUGGGUCUCUGUCGACUCUUCAUCGUGUGGCGGCCGCCCGCAACCGGCGCCGUGGCGGCGUUAUCUAUCGUCAACGCGCUCGCAAUUUUUGGCUUGCGCGUGGGUUACAUGCCAAUCGUCACAUUAGGCGCGAUCAUGGCUCCGCAAAACCUCGAAGCCGUCGGUUUCGCGGCGCUGAUUUUCGCCAGCGACGUCGGCGCGCUCGUCUCCGCCUACGUCUCCGCCGGCGUCGUCCGCGCCCUACACAUCGGUGCGCCCACGCGCACGGACACCACCGGCGCCGUCAUUCCAACCGAUCGUUCGUGGUCACCUCUCACCGCCUUCCUCGUGCUCGUCGCCGCGUGCAAGAUCAUCAUCCCGUGCGUCUCCGCGCCGCCGCUCCUUUCGUCGGCGUCUCGGCGUUCGCGCGCCGCCGACUUCUCCCUCCUCCCCGCCGACGCCGAUCGAUCCCACGCCACCGUCGACGACGCCGCGCGCGAUUCCAACGCGUCAACGCGGCCGUCUUCUCCCCCUUUCGACCUCGCAUCGCCGUCCGCGGAGCUGUAA